AUGAUGACCGAAAAAUCCAAUGGUGUGAAAAGCUCUCCAGCUAAUAACCAUAACCAUCAUCCUCCUCCUUCUAUCAAGGCCAAUGGUAAAGAUGACCACAGGGCAGGAAGCAGUCUGGCAGCUGAUGAUGACACUUCCUCAGAACUACAAAGGCUGGCAGAGAUGGAUACCCCUCGGAGGAGGGGUGGCUUCAAAGGUAAGAUUGUUCGCCUGGUGGGGGUCAUCAGGGACUGGGCCAACAAGAAUUUCCGUGAAGAGGAACCAAGGCCUGACUCCUUCCUAGAGCGUUUCCGUGGGCCAGAACUCCAGACUGUGACAACCCAUCAGGGGGAUGACAAAGGCGGCAAGGACGUCGAGGGAAAGGGCACCAAAAAGAAAUUUGAACUGUUUGUUUUGGACCCAGCCGGAGACUGGUAUUACCGUUGGUUGUUUGUCAUUGCCAUGCCUGUUCUUUACAACUGGUGCCUGUUGGUGGCCAGAGCCUGCUUCAGUGAUCUACAGAGAAACUAUUUUGUGGUAUGGCUGGUGCUGGACUACUUCUCAGACACUGUCUAUAUCGCAGACCUCGUCAUUCGGCUGCGCACAGGCUUCCUAGAACAGGGGCUCUUGGUCAAAGAUCCCAAGAAAUUGCGAGACAACUAUAUUCACACUUUGCAGUUCAAAUUGGAUGUGGCUUCUAUCAUUCCCACUGACCUUAUCUAUUUUGCUGUGGGUAUCCACAGCCCUGAGGUACGCUUCAAUCGUCUAUUACACUUUGCCCGUAUGUUUGAGUUCUUUGACCGCACUGAGACACGCACCAGCUACCCCAACAUCUUCCGAAUCAGCAAUCUGGUCCUUUACAUCUUGGUCAUCAUCCACUGGAAUGCUUGUAUUUAUUAUGCUAUUUCUAAGUCCAUUGGCUUUGGAGUUGACACCUGGGUUUACCCCAACAUUACUGACCCUGAAUAUGGCUACCUGGCUAGAGAGUACAUUUACUGUCUUUACUGGUCCACACUGACCCUCACCACCAUUGGAGAAACACCACCCCCUGUAAAGGAUGAGGAGUACCUAUUUGUUAUCUUUGACUUCUUGAUUGGUGUCCUCAUCUUUGCCACUAUUGUGGGAAAUGUGGGCUCCAUGAUCUCCAACAUGAAUGCCACACGAGCAGAGUUCCAGGCCAAGAUUGAGGCUAUCAAACACUACAUGCAGUUCCGAAGGUCAAAAGCAAAGACAUGGAAGCCAAAGGUCAUCCUAAAAUGGUUUGACUACUUGUGGACCAAUAAGAAGACAGUAGAUGAACGAGAAGUCCUCAAGAACCUGCCAGCAAAGCUCAGGGCUGAGAUAGCUAUUAAUGUUCACUUGUCCACUCUGAAGAAAAGGCGCAUAUUCCAGGAUUGUGUUGGCCUUAUUGGUGGAACUGGUACUGAAAAGCUUAGGCCUCAGGUCUUUAGUCCUGGGAGAUUAUAUUUGCGUAAGGACGACAAGGAAAUGUACAUCAUCAAGGAGGGCAAGUUGGCAGUGGUAGCUGAUGAUGGCGUGACUCAGUAUGCCUUGCUCUCAGCUGGGAGCUGCUUUGGUGAGAUCAGUAUCCUUAACAUUAAGGGUAGCAAAAUGGGCAAUCGACGUACCGCUAAUAUCCGUAGCCUGGGCUACUCAGAUCUCUUCUGCUUGUCCAAGGACGAUCUUAUGGAAGCUGUGACUGAGUAUCCUGAUGCCAAGAAGGUCCUGGAGGAACGGGGUAGGGAGAUCCUGAUGAAGGAAGGUCUACUGGAUGAGAAUGAAGUGGCAGCUAGUAUGGAGGUAGAUGUUCAAGAGAAGCUGGAACAGUUGGAGACAAACAUGGAGACCUUGUACACUCGCUUUGCCCGCCUGCUGGCUGAGUACACUGGGGCCCAGCAGAAGCUCAAGCAACGCAUCACAGUGCUGGAGACCAAGAUGAAACAGAACCAUGAGGAUGAUUAUCUAUCAGAUGGGAUAAACACUCCUGAGCCAACUGCUGCUGAAUAGUGACUAUCCAGCCUUGGUCUGACCCCAGGAGUUACAAGUGCUGUAUAGAACUUUACAUUUACACACAUUAUGCUCAUGUCCCUCUGAACUCUCCCCAAAGCCAUGCUGAGGCUUAAGGUUUUGGCUACAUCUUGAAGUCCCCCUCUAAGUCCAGCUAACAGUCAAGCUUGUGGACAAUGCAGAUCAUGUGGCUUGAAUUUCCAAGAGCUUGACCUCCUAAGUCUGAAAAGGAAUCAGAGACUAGCUAAAUUGUCCUUCCUGGGGCUUUUCUGGUACUAGAUAUCUAGACAGUGUUCUCUGAAGAACACUGUGCACAAUGCCUGACUCCCUUUAGUUUCUUUAUAUCUAGUCACUCCCUACUGUAUUCUGCCCCAAAUACCUUUUUAAUGUGUUCUCUAAGCAGCCUGUUUCCAUGUACAUGUAUAAAUUUAAGAAUUGGCUGCAAACACUGGGCCCCCUAAACUGUCUCCCAAGGCAUGCAAGGGCCGUGAGGGGAGUGGUAGGGUGGGUUUGAGUGUGUGUGCUCAGGGUCAU